GUCACAGCCUCGGUAAGCAAGUAGCAGCCGACAAGUUCAGGCUCUCUCGACUCCUUCACCGGUGUCCACCACGCACCGCAAGCAAGAAACACUUCCUGCCGUUUUUUAAGUUGUCUAAUAUUUCACUGGGUUUCUGAAGUCAUCAUCUACUUGCAAAUUUGGUCACCCGUCAUGGCUACAGCUUACUACGAAUUCUAUCGCGGCUCCUCGAUCGGAAUGGCUCUCACAGACUCCCUGGAUGAGCUAAUUACGAGCGGAGCCAUUACACCCCAAUUGGCGAUGAAGGUUUUGCAACAGUUUGACAAGUCUUUGGCUGAUACAAUUGUAAAACAAGUCAAGACUAAGACUACGCUAAAGGGUCACUUGCAUACAUAUCGUCUAUGCGACGACGUCUGGACCUUCAUCGUGAAGAAUGCUUCAUUCAAGAUGGAGUCGAAUGAAAUGGUUAACGUACCCAAGGUCAAAAUAGUGGCUUGCAAGAAUGGGGAUGCUAUUGAGAAUGGAAAGAAAUAACCUUGGUCCCACACCCACAUCUGGCACAAACCUCGUGUGCUGUCGUCGUAUUGCUUUGUACGUUCAUAUCUGAUAGACAGGGUCUCGUAUAAUACGUGUACUUUUAAAUGGACUUUGUUUGUAGCCAUUGUAUACAUUGCUCGAUGCAAUGAAGUGUGUCUUUGCCCAGCAUGUGGUAUCACGUAAGGUUAUAUAAGCUAUCGGAGCAUAC